GAUCGAGGGCUCGGCACCGAGCACUAGGGCGCUGUCUGUCAUACGAGGCGCGCGUGUAGUGGGGGCGCUGCUGGGGAAUUCAUGGUCGGCGUGUCCAUGAAUUCCAUCCCGCGUCAGGAACUUUCCAGACCGGCCACAUGCCGCGCUUCUUCCUCGACGUGAUCGAUCCGUCGGAGUUUGCCCUCCUCGGCGGACGAGUGACUCAGAGCUCGCGAGCCCGGCCGCCGACGCCGACGACCUCCUCUGCAAGGAUUGGAUCGUUUGGCCGCGCGCCCAGCGGUCUCUCCUCGGCCGCUUCUCGCGAGCAUGCUGUCACACGGACGACCGACGCCCUCGUUCGUUCGUCUCGUUGCAUCGGCUUGAGCAUGAGCCCGGCCGGUGCCUCGCGCCCGCAAUUUUCCUCUGGGUGGCUUGAAAUUUCGCCUGCUUCGACAGAUCAGGCGGUGACUGUGUUCGUGGCAGCGGUUUUCAACAGAUGUGCGAUUGCGAGGGUUUGAUUGUUUCGUUCCGUGCGCGAGGAGGAGGAGGAGGAGGAGGAGGAGGAGGAGGCACAGAAGGAGGAGGAGAAGGAGAGGAGCGUUUUGGCCGAUAGAUCCAGGUUUUGCAGGUUGCGGCCGCGACUUGAAGGAUCUGGAGGACCAUCGUUGCGACGGUUUCUACCGGCUUGGGUGCGUUUCAAUGUCGGAAAGCAGGUCAUGAAGGAAGUGGAUUUGGGAAGCCGUUGCUCUCGAGGUUGCCAUUAUAGGGAGGCUGGAGGGCAUACAGGUCCAUUGACAGAGGUCCUGCGGCUUAGUUGUAAAAUUUUCUACGGUCCUGAAAAAGCUUUGUGAGUGAUCCGCACUGCCCGUGUGCGAGAGUCAUGAUGGAAGGACCUUUUGUGAUGUCGACGGGCCCCGCCGUAGGGUUGAAGCGGAAGUCGAUGAGUUUGAACGGAGAUGUCUUGAAAGAAGCGCACAGCGCUCUAGUGGAUGUGAGCCUCUUUAGUCGGGAUUGCUACACCAGAGAGGAGAGGAAAGAACUCCGCAAGAAAUUGCGCAUGCAUCUGGAACAGGUGCAGGGUGUGACGUUCAAGAUCCUCGCGCGGCAGGAGGAGUUGACGAAAGUUUCUUGCGUGGUCUAUCCUGAGACGCAACUUUCGAGGACGCAAAAUGGAGGUCCUUUGCCGAAGGAGAUCAAACUGGUCCCUGCGACAAUGCUCGAUGAACCUCAUCGUUUGCUAAGUCAGCGUGAAGCCCGGUUAGCGCGGCAGCCGAGUGUCGUGGUGACAUCCGACGCUAUUCUUGGAACGCCUGAUGCCGUAAGCAAGGACAAACGCACGCCCAAGGCGAAUCAGCUGUAUGUGAACUCCGAAUUCGUUUCAGGCAAAGACAAGAUGCCGGCCUCUGAGAAGCCGAAGGGCAAAGCCGGGAUUGGUUCGAAACGAGUUGGUCAAGUGAAAGUCGAGGCGUGCACUAUGAAAAAACAAAAGGUAGAUGUCGGAAGAGGCCGGCGGACGGCCGACAUUAUGAAAUUAUGCGCCGCUUUAGCACGAAAGCUUUGUAAUCACAAGCAUUCAUGGGUUUUCAACGAGCCGGUGGAUGCCGUGAAACUCGGCCUCCAUGAUUACCAUCAGGUUAUCAAGAGACCUAUGGAUCUUGGAACUAUCAAGAAGAAAGUGAAUCGGGGAGAGUACACUUCUCCUCUGAAUUUCGCUGAGGACGUUCGUCUGACCUUUUCUAAUGCCAUGACUUACAAUCCACAAGGACAUUUUGUUUUUGCGAUGGCCGAGCAGCUGAGAGACAUAUUUGAAGAGAAGUGGAAGGCUAUACUGGAGAAGAUCGAGGAGGAUGAGCACAAGUCGAGAGUGCGACCCUGCCAAGAGCUCUUGACGCCGAAGCCGCAUGUUGAAGAACCUGUGCAUCCCGAGGAGCCGGAAGAGAAGAAGCCAUCUGAGAAGGUGGUUGACGUUCAAGUAGUGACGAAGGCGAGGCCGAACGGUGGAAAGCAAGCAGCACAGCCCAAGCCAAAGCCUUCUGAUCUGGACAAGCGCCUCAUGAAUAUGGAGGAGAAGAGGAAGCUAAGCGAGAGUCUAGAAAACUUGCAUCCCGACAAGCUGGAGCGUAUUGUUCAAAUAAUCAAGAAGAGGAAACCAACACUCAGUCACACCGACGAUGAAAUCGAGAUUGACAUAGAUUCUUUGGACAACGAUACGCUGUGGGAGCUUGAGCGAUUCGUGAGCAACUGCAUGAAGAGCAGGGGCAAGGUGAAGAAAGCUGCCCUCAGCCAGCUUGUCUCAGCUUCUGGUUCGGGUCCGGGUUCCCGCGCUAGACAACUUCCUCCGAUGGUUGAAGUCAUUACGGAGAAUCCAUCGAAAGCUUCGAAGGGAUCCGAAGCCUUGGACGAGGACGUCGAAGUUGCAGAUGGAAGUGGAGCCGUGGCCUCUCCUACUGGUGUAGUGGAUGUUAAAGAGGAGGAGAAGGAGAAGGAAAGAGAUAAAGAGCCUUCAGCGGGCCCAGUUGCAUCAAGCAGCUCUGGAAGCUCGAGUAGUGAUUCUGGGUCUGCAUCUUCAUCUAGUGAUUCAGACAGUGCAAGUUCAUCUGGAAGCGAAUCUGAAGCGGAAGAUAUCCCACGGCCUCCUUCAGCACCGAAGGAUGUUGAAGCUACAAGUGUGUAGAACUGGGCGUGAUUUGCUUUUGGACUUUUCCCUUUUCGGUCAAUGCCCUGACAGAUUAGUCUGUCCGACUUCCGGGUCCACUUUUUUUCCAUGUCAAAUGUUUUUGACGUUUCUCUGUCUGGGCCGUGGGAUCUACUCGAUCUAUCUAGGUUGCGCGCCCUGACCCUCCUUUCUAUCAUGAUACAGGGGAUGUGACAGAGACUGUGGAAGAGCCGGUUCCUGCUAAACCCCCUGUAGCCACUCAGCAAGACUCUCGUGAGUUUACAUUUUUAUGCUUUCCAUCUCUCUCUUUUUUCUUCUGGUCUUUGCCUUUUGUGGGAUGGAAGAGAGUGAUCUCUAGGGGAUCUUUUACAUAUCCCCACGAAAGGAAGUACCUGAGGGAAAGCAGCUGAAAGAGGGAAGAUACAAAGAGUGAACAGAAGGUUCGCUUUGUUCCGCAUGUUGACGGUUUUCCAACCUUCUUGCCUGUGCGUUCUGAGGGGUUGGAUCGAUUACCGCAUGGUGCCCUGAACUUUAUUGUUCCAUCUCACAGGGGAGGAAAGUCAACCUGAGCGGCAGGUUUCCCCUGAUAAGCUCCUACGAGCUGCUUUGUUAAGGGGAAGAUUUGCUGAUACUAUUCUUAAGGCCCAGGAAAAGACCUUGCCUCACAAUAAGAAUGAAAAGUUGGAUCCAGAGAAAGUUAGAAGGGAUCGCGAGGAGCUAGAGAAGAGGCAAAAAGAAGAGAAAGCUCGUUUGCACGCGGAAGCGAAGGCAGCGGAGGCCGCUCGAAGAAAGGCAGAAGUUGAGGCUGCCCAUGAAGCUAAGCGUAAGAGGGAAGCGGAGCGAGAAGCUGCCCGUAUUCAGCUACAACAAAUGGAGAAGACAGUCGAGAUUGAUGAAAAUAGUGAGAUACUUAAAGACUUGGAAAUGUUACGGACUGCGUCUAUGGAUCAUCUUCCCAGUUCAGGCGAAGACAGUCCUGAUUCUGAUUCUCCAGAUGGUUUACCGGAUUUUGCUUUACAAGGUGGAAAUCCUUUAGAGCGUUUGGGUCUGUUCAUGAAGAAUGAUGACGAAGACGAGGAUGACGAAGAGAACAACGAUGCUUCACAAGCGAAUCACAACAAAGUAGUCAUAGAGUUGAGUGCGGAUGUGGAGGAGGGUGAAAUAGAUUAAUUUUUGUAGUAGAAUAUACCUCAUACAAAUAUUGUGCGUGUCAAAGCAGUGGGAAGAAAGUUCCCUUAGAAAGAGCACGUUUUGUACAUAUACCAGUAAUGAAUGAAAGCUGGCACCAUACAAAAAGGUCAAGGUGAUUUCAG